GCUAAAUUAGCCUACACAGUUUUUAGGACACUGACACUCGUGCGUCAUUUAAAAUAUUGCAUAUUCGUCACAUACGUUGUACACAUGUUUAAAUGCUUUCUCAGUGAAAUGUAAUCUGCCUAAUAACACGUGACGGGAGAGGCACAGCAAGCUUUCUUUCCCCGUGAAAGGAAAGUGAAAGUAUCCCCCCUCCAAACUGUGAACAACUCCGUGUGGUCCUCGAGCAACAGAGAGCCACUUCUGCUAAAUACUAAUCAUGGAGCUAACGUUAAUAUUAAAGUUACUUAUUUACUUGUUUCUGUGUGCAGGUGUGCAGUGUGUCCAUCAGAUACCAUGGCUGCCCUGUGAGUUCACUGAUGAACAUGUGUUUGUGAAUAAUGAGGGCCACACCGAGACUCAGCUCAUCCACAGAGAGGCUAUGCUGCAGUUUGGUCAACAAGGAGACGCCCCGGUUAACCCACAUGCCAUCACUUUCCUGGUCACGGGGUCCAAGUUGGACCUGCGGCGGUACAUAGAGGGAGCUGAGGCAGAGCAGUUGGAGUGUGGGCUGCGUAGAUACAGUACAGCAGGCAUCCAUGUCCGCUGGCCGGUCCAGGCGGCCCAGGAGUACAACCGCUGGUUCAGCUGCACCCUCAAACACACCAAGGGCCUGUUCACAGUCACAGGCUUCCUAAGACACCCAUCUGACCAACCCCCCUCAGGACAGCAGGACUACCGCAGCUGGUCUGCUAUCGAGGACAGAGAGAUACUCACCACAAUAGCUACCAUGGUCAUUAAAACCCAAACUCCAUCAGUGAAAGCGGGCCUGGGGUCCCAACAAAAGCUCCACUGCCAGUUUGCCAUUGACCACAAAGGCCCAAACAUCACUGUGGAGUGGCACUGGCAACAUCGCGGAGAGAGAAUCCGACUCUUCAGUCAUACCAGCCGCUCAGGGAAGACGCAGGGGACUGGCGUUGGGCUGAAGAGCCUCGCAGGCGGGGACGCUUCCUAUACCCUGCCCUUCACCAAGAUGAGCAGUGAAGGCUCGUACAUGUGUUCGGUGUCAGUGAAUCCGCUGCUCGUCAGUCUGGAUAUAAGUCUGCAUAUUGAAGAGCCUCCCCGUGUCUCCCUCAACGUUGGACCCACUCUCACACUGCAGGAGGACGGCGAGCAGAAGGUUAUCUGUGAGGCAGAGAGUUACUACCCCCUGGAUGUGGAGAUAGUUUGGUACGAGCAGGACCCGGCGGUGUCAGGCCAGAGGGUGGGCGCUCCUCUCCCCAAGGUGCUGGAGAACGUUCUGCUGUCCAGCCACAAACACAACCAGGACAAGACCUUCUCGCUGUCCGCUUUCUUCUACCUCAAGGCUUCGCUCAGGGCCUCGGGGAGACAGUUUACAUGCAGCGUCUCCCAUCAGUCCCUGAGAGUGCCCAUUAGAAAGAGCUUCAUCCUGACUGUUGAAGAGCCAAGCAGCUGGAUGUUCGCCUUCACUGUUGGCUUCAUUGUGGUCAUACUGGUGGGCAUCCUGUAUUUGAUGCUGCCCUACCUGUACGCAGCAAGAAAAAAAUCAGCGGCGAAGAAACCAUACUGAGCAGCCUCAGAAGACUGAGCACACCAACUCAAACCGCCAGUGAAGUCAGACGUGUCUCCUCACUGCUGCGCUUUUAUUUUAGAAUGUCUCGGAUGUUUGAUUCUUGUUUGUUUUUUGAGGUGAAUUUGGGUUUCCAUGAAACUGAUGUUUUCUAUGUUGCACUUACUUUGCUUAGAUUUCGCUCAUGCUACAAACUUGACCUUGAAGUGAAUGUCUCUCAGCAAACAGCAAUCACAGUUUAAAGACACCCUAUCCAGUUUUUGACCACUAGCGGCGCUGUGGAGGAAUGCAUUUACGAGUGCGCCACAGUUUUAGGUGCGUGAUGCAUGCUGGGCUUAACAUAAGGUAUUUUUCUUUGCUAAUGACGCGAGAUCGGUCAUUGAUCUCUGCUCCCAGUAAGAUCACGCAGGUAGACUGUGUCCGACUUGACGGCACCCCGCCGGGCAUGAUGAUGCACAUGCACCCGUGGUGCGUUACUGUGCAAAGAAGCAAAGCAAUGCUCCAACAAAAUCAGUGAAGGAGAAGACCGCUAGCUAGUAAACAUUGACUGUAAAGAAUUGACCAUUGAAAAUAGAUUUAAAAAUUGGCUUUGCAAAUGUUUUACGCAGAAGUAGAUGCAUUCAGCAGGUUUAUUAGACCUCUGUGAUACACACAAUGUGUGUUGGUGAGACACACUGAACCUUUAUUAAAAAAUGGCUGCAGUUAGCCUUACAAUGUGAGAAAACUUGCUGAUUUGCUGAUUUGUGAUUUGUAAUUACAAGGAUAACAAUAAGUAAAAUACCUGGAAGGUGUUGCAAUAAUGGAUUUAAAUUAAUGUUUAAAUAGUUUAAAUAAUUUAAUACAAUAUAUUAAAGUAAUUGUAGUACAUUGAUUUGAGAACGUUUUUUACAUUAUUUUUGGCAACAUGUGAGUGAAUAUUAAAAGUUCCUAGAGUAAGAAAA